AUGGCAGAAGCAAGUGGACCACCACCGUUCACCGUCGUCACGCUAUCGGUGCUGCUAUUGGCGCUCACCCAUCUGCCCACAGCAAACAGCUUCUGCCCUUCGCUCUGUACCUGUGAGAGCGAUCGCAAUCUACGCACGUCCUGCAUAAACGCCUCGCUCGAGGUGGUACCGAUCCAGCUCAAUCCGGACGUGCGGUACCUUAACCUUACCGCCAACCAGAUCACCAACGUACACUUUACGCUCGCCUUCUACUAUCAGCUCGAGUCGCUCGAUCUCUCCCACAACCUGAUCGAUUCGCUUGGGUCGAAAAAUUUCGAAUCGCAGGAAAAGCUGCUAGCGCUUAACGUUAGCCACAAUGUGCUGCAAACUCUGCUGAAGGACAGCUUCCGAGGGUUGAAACGGCUCGAACUGUUGCGGCUCGGUGACAAUCAGCUGGAGCAGAUUCAUCCAACCGCAUUUCAAGCCCUGGCGUCCUUGCGUCGAUUGGAGCUAAUGAACAACCGGCUAGUAAGCUUCGAGGACGGUGUGCUAAGGCCGCUGGUAGCUCUCGAAACGUUGCUGCUGGCCAACAAUCAGCUGCUGGAGGUACCGUACGAAGGUAAUCUGGAGUAUGUGAGGUCACUGCGCCAUCUCGACCUGUCCACCAAUCUGAUCGAGUUCGUCGGCAACGAUAGCUUCGCCACGCUGCACGAGCUGCGCACACUCCGGCUGGCCGGGAACGUGCUGGUGGAGCUCGACUGGAGCGCAUUCAGUGGACUGAAUGCGCUGCAGCUUCUCGACCUAGCGGACAACAAUCUAACGACCAUCCCAACGGUGCAGCUGUCGAAGCUGUACAAUCUGACCACGCUGACACUGAGCGGUAAUUCGUUCGUCGAGCUACCGCCGGUUGCCUUCCAGAAUCUGUUUCAACUGCGUGAGCUACAUCUGGACCGGUUGGAUCGAUUGGAGCGCAUCGAUACGAGAGCUUUUAUUGAUAAUACGCAUCUGCAGGCGUUAACCCUCGACGACAAUCCCUCGUUUUCGGCCCUUCCCGUGCGUCUAUUUCACGGCAACCCGCAUCUCAUCGACAUUUCCAUGCGUCGCAACGCACUACUUACGCUGGACGCGGUCCAGUUUCCGCUCGAUCGUCUGCAGCGGCUUAAGCUGGCAGGCAAUCCACUCGUAUGUAACUGCACCAUUCGGUGGCUGUGGCGACUAGUGACCGGUACGCUCGAUGACGACGAUGGUGAUGAUCCGGACGGUGUUGCCUUCCUGGGCAAAUCGUUAGCAGAUCACACGAACAUAACCACCGUACUGCUGAUCGAUAAGGACGAGAUCGGCUGUGAUCUGAACGAGGAUGGCCUGGUGACGAGGCGCACCCUUCGCAACAUGUCCGAGAGUGAUAUAAACUGUCCAGCGCAUCUUAUUACAGUGCUGAGCAUACUGCUCAGUUUGCUGCUUCUGACGCUUGGAGCCGGUGCAGCUAUCCUGUAUCGGCGCAAGUCUCGCGAGCGUAAAAAAAUACUUCAAGAGCGUAAAAACGUGCACGAGCGUAUUGUGCCGCAAAAGGUGGACAAGCUGGAGCUGGAACGCUACCUAGCACAGCAAGUCCUGUCCAACGACUAUCGAGAACUGAGGCCCGCCUGUGAUCUUCCGGUACGGUACGAUCUGAAGUAUCCGGACCAAACGGCACACCAGCUGGGUGUUCCUGUUGUGGAUGUGGAUCCCGACUCGGAUCACUACGAGAACAUAGACUACCUCCAGCACCAGCGAGUCCUUGGCAAUUCGACCACCGCGAACACGCCCUCCUCACAGUCCAUCAUUACGAACCCGUUUCACCAUCACCAACCACCAAGCCAAUAUCACUACGUACAGGGACAUCCUCAAAUGCAUUCGGCCACUUACCAACACUCACAACCACAUCAAAGUCCCUCCCAACACCACCAACACCAUCACCAUCAUCAUCAUCCGCAAGCACCGGCGAUGACGAUGCAACAUCCGCACAAGUAUCCACACCAGCAGCACCACCACGCGGCAGCAGGUCCUCCCCCAUCUGCCAACACGAACAGUAACACCUUGCCAGUGCCUCCGGUGCAGCGUAGCCUCAAUAACUAUUCGCCCAACUUCUUCAUCUACGUGCUGUACUCGCACUUCAUACUGCUGCUGCUAGCCUUAUGAUGAGGAGGCACUGCACGACACGGUACAGGAUGCGUACUGCGAU